AUGCAUCAAGGUGUGGGUUACUUGGAAGGAGAUGGAGGGACAAGAAAGGUUCAGUUCCUGAAGUCAAGUAUCUUGCUUAACUGGGAGGAGUACUUUCUCUUGAAUCUGGAGUCCCGCGUUUCAAGCCAAGAAUCCCUUUCAAAAGCUCUGGAGUUCAAUCUGUCAAGUCAGGAGUCCUAUUCAGCAGCUCUGGAGUCCCAUUUGUUAAAUCUGAUGUCCCGUGUGGUUACUCUGGAGUCCAGAUUGUCAGCCGCUGGAGUCAUUGCUGACACUCACCUUUUGGAAUCCCCAACAGCGCUCCUGCUAGUGCUGGUGCUGGUGCUGAUUGCGCUGGUCCUGGUACUGGCCCUUGUCCUUAUUGUUCACUGCAAACGCCUUAAGAAGUUGUUGGACACUUUGAGAAAACCCUCUCUGGGGAAUGAUGAACACAUUCAGGAGAAUGCGGCAAUGCUUCCUUGGUCAUCAGCAACUGCAUCGGGGAUUGAGGAAACGGACACUCCACCCUCAAUGAGUGAGCAAUCGGACACUCCGCCAGAAACCAAAGAGACAGAGGGGGGCAUCAGAUACAGGGGCAGAACAUACGACCGGGAGGAAUACGAAAUCGUGAAGAGAACCAUCUACGCUCAAGCCCAUGGGGAACCAAAGGAAAGCCAACAAGGUGUGGCAUGGGUCAUUCGGAACCGCGCGGAUGCCAAUAAACCAUACUUCGGAGGAAGUCGCUUGAAGAAUGUGUGCCUACAUCCUGGGCAAUUCGCAGAUUGGAAUAGUAAAUUAGACAUUCCCAUCCACGAAAAGCAGGCCUAUGACAGCAUCGACGAAUGGUUGCCCAAUCUCCUCAGAGCACCCAAAGAUGAAGACCUGACCCUUGGCAGCGAUCAUUGCAAUAACCCGGACAUGGAGGGCGUCCCAUCCUGGACCAAAAAUUGCUCUAGAACUGUAAAGUUCGGCAACCUAAAAUUCUACAAGUCCAAUUGACAUCGUUGCUGCCUUUUCUUUCAGUUUGGGUGUUAUCACCAACAACCUGCGCCUAAUAAUGCCUCG